CGGGCAGUAACUACGACACUCCUCAACUUAGGAAAUAAAUCGAAGAUUUUUUUGUAAAUAUUUACAUUUUUAUGUGCAUGUAAAACUAUUCGAAAUGAGUGAUUUAUUACCGAGAGGAUUUCGGUUUAGUCAUAAAGACAAAUCUCUUCUUGCAAAACUUGUCGGCAGUUUUCCAGCAAUUUUAUACAAGGGCUUAGAUGCCGAAUCUUUAUCAAAAAAAAUGAAAGCUUGGGAAGAAUUAACCAUGCAGUUUAAUGCGAAAAAUAAUGGUUACGAUUUUACGUUUACACCUAGACAUCUAAAAGCUCUUUGGAAACGAAUGAAAGUGCAAUCGAAAAAAGCUGCUGCUGCACAGGCAGCAGAAGGAACCAAUGGAUCUCCAUUACCCGAUUUACCAAUGCCCAACUUAGAAUCAGUAAUGCCAGUAAUUCUAAGUGAAGCAGAAAAAGAAAUACCUCCUGAUGAGUCAUCAUCAUCGUAUGUUCUUCCCAAUGAUCCACCAUCACUUGGUUCAUAUGUUUUACCUGAUGAUCCACCAACUAUGGUAGAAGAUGUGUAUUCUUGUACAGCAAAACAGAAUACAGAAGAUUCCUAUAGUCCUGCACCUUCACCAUUACCCCCCACUAGUCACAUUCUGUCUCAUUGUUUACUCAAUGGUGACAAAAUGAAAAAAAGAAAGCCUAUCAAAAUAGAAAUUGAAAAUCUACAGGAAGAACAUAGAUUAAGAAUGGAAUGCCUUAGAUUAGAUAGAGAAAUUAAAAUAUUGAAAAAAUGGAAGCUUGAACAAGACAUUCUAUCAACUGGCUAUGAGUUACCACCUGAAAACUAUUCAUGAAAACUGUUUACAUAGAGAUAGAUUUUGUUUCAAUUCUACAAAUUAAUAGUUCACAUAUAAGUGGACUAAAAAGUAAGAGGUAUGGUUAAAAAUUGCAAAUGGUCAGUUUCAUUCAGUCAACUACUCAGACGGAAUUGCAAAUGUUUUGUAUAAAACAGUAGCUUAAAAGCACAGUGAUAACUCUUUUCUUCUACAUAUUUAUUGAAAAAAAAAGGCAGCUAAUUUUACUGUAUGAACUAUAAGUCUCACAAUACUAUAUAAUUUUAUGUUAGGUAACUUUUAUAUAUUUUUUUUAAUUUAUUAGUCUUCAAUUUAAAUAUGUUAAUUUUACUAGUCAAAAUUCUAUAAGUUUUUUUUUUUUUUUUUUUAGCAACUUAUGUUGUGUGAAAAAAUGUUUGAAUAUCAAAACGAACUUGAAGUAUGAUUAUUUUGUUACUUGUAUUGCAGGAAAUAAUGAUGAUACCAGUUUGUAUGAUUUGUUUAAAAAGCCGAGUGUUUUCCUUUAAUAUAUUUUUUCUGUUUGUUUUGUUUGAAAUUAAUAUCCUUUUGAAAAAAAUUUCAAUAAUCCUUUUUUUUUUUUUUGUAGUUUUUUUUUUCUAACUACUGGGAUGAAUUCAUAACACUAUAGUUAAAUGAUAUGUUUGUGCACGCUAUCUAAUAUCUUUACUCAUUGUCUGGCAUUACUUAGUGACAUUUCUUCUUGCAAGAUGUUCAAAAGAUACAAAAAUUAAAUCGGCAACUUUUACUUGAUAUUUUAUUCCCCCAAAAAAUAUUUAACUGUGAUUUGAAAAAAAAAUGAAGCCAAAAAAAAGAAAAUUAAUAUAGCCAGGUUUCAGUUUGUGAAUAAUGACUCCUUAUAUAAAAAUAAUAAUAAUAAUGAUAUCUAAUACUUGAUAUUUAGUUCUUUUUAGCAGCUUAUUGAAAUUGCACUUCCUGAAUAGUAAUGAAUUUUAAUAUCAAAUAUUGCUAUAAAUAAAUUUAUUUAAAUUUAACAUGAAAUUGCCCACUAGUCCUGAAUAAAUAUAUUGAAAAGAAUAAAUAUAUCUAGACAAUUGUAGAAUAAUAAUUAUAUAGAGAGUGUUUAUGCAAUUUAUAAAUAUGUUUGCAAAUGUGUGUUUAUGCAAAUUUUUGGGCCCAUUUAAUUAACAUUUCAAAUGUAACAAUUAUUUUUUUAAAUGCUUGAUUUAAUAACUUUUUUCUGGUCUGUAAGUCUGCAUUGAAAUUUUCGUGAUAGAAGAGAUUUACGUAAAAUUUCAGAAGUAUUCAUCUCUAUUCAUCUUUUAUUACUUUUCCAGAGGUCAGAAAUAAUUAUGGGUUUGUGCUUAGAAAGGGAUAUUUUUAUCAGACAAAAGGCAUAAUAGGUGAAACAUUGGGGACUUCACUAGAAUAUGUUGAAAAUGUGUAUGUGCAUGCAAUACUUAUAUUCAGCCUUUAUUUUUUUAAGGAAUGCAAUGAUAUUUUUCAAAGUAUGACUUGUAGCUUUUAUCUUGAUGAAGUUUCAAUUUAAGUAAGUCAUUAGGAUUUUUAAAAAAAAAUUCUAAACAUCAGAUAUAUAUUCUCAAAACAGCAGAUAUAAAUCUUUUUCUUGAUAGAUAGAUAGUAAUUUUAGCGUUCCCUGCUCCAUUCCUCUUAAUUUCCUAUUGAAAGAGAACCCUUCAACAAUUAUUGAAUUUUAUAUUGAAACUAUUUUUGCAUUGACAGAACCAGGAUUGUACCUUAUUUUUUUUUUCAAUAAUAAAUAGAUCUAUUAUUGCUCCAACCAUUUAGGUAAGAACUUGCUUCAUCAACAUCAUAAUAUAUUUCCAUUUAUCUCCUGUUAAAUGGUUUUCACACAGGGUUUUACAAAUUUUUUUUAAUUGAGCCUCGGCAAAAACCGAUGAACAUUAUGUUUCUUAGCUGUUUUAAAUUGUAAAUCUUGGUUUAUUAUUUUAUUUACUAUAAUAGAUAAAGCUAUUGCAAUUGAUUUCUACAUCAGCAAAUUUUAUUUUUUAUUUUAAGGAUUUCACUUUAAAAAUACUUGAAACAGUAUUUACAAAACAAACAGCGUAGACUUCAACAAAACAAUUGCUUUGAAUAUCCUUUCCAUGUAGAAGUAAUGAUUAAUGGUUUUUUUUCCCAUUUACAAUUAAUAGUGUUGCUUAUUUUAUACUUCAUAAUUUUCAUACCGUGCAUUUUGAUACAUUUUUGCCUUUUGAUGAAUAGAAAUAUUUCUAUUUGGAAAGAACUAAAAUGUAUUCUACAAUCCAUAUCUUAUUAUUAUGCAACAUUUUGAAAGAAGAAUAAAUUUUAAAGUAGCAGGUGGUUUUUCUUGUUUCAAAACAAAAAACAAAAAAUGAUCUUAAAAGUUAUUCUAAAACAUUCUCUUUUUUAAAAUUGUCUAUCAAAAUUAUUCAAAAAAUGCUUAAAUACCCUCUAUAUUUCUAAUUAGUCAUUUUUCAGAACCCGUAAUAUGCCCUCAUUCAACAGUUAUUCUUGUAAAAGGCAGCACUACUUAGUGUGCAUUUGUUGUUUUAUUUUUUCACUUCUUAUACCAUACCUCUUAUUGUUAUUAAUCAGGUGCUUUAAUUCUGUUCAAACAUUCUAAUCUCAAGAUUAGUAUUUGCAUUUAUGUAAAACAAUUUUUUUUAAAAAAAAAACUUUUAUUUUAUAUGAACAUUUUUUUUUAAAGUCUGUUCUGUCUCAGUCAUUUAAAACAACUCAUGUAUUUUUUUUUCUUUCUCAUUUUUUUUUUCUUUCAGAUUGAAAUAGGAUUGAAAUCUGAAUUAUAUUACAUGACAUGAUGUUAAUAUUCAAUUAAGCUGAGACAAAACAUUCUUGCCUAUUAUAAAUUCUUGUCAUGGAUUGAGUAAGUAGAUAAAAGCUGAUCUAAUUCAGUACUAAAAAAUAUAUAUUCUUAAUCACAGGAUUUUUAAUUACAUUCUUUAGUUUUGAUUGUUCAUUUUAGAUGGAAUAUAUUUUAAUUCGUACUCCAGGUUUGAGUGAAUGUUUUAGUCCAGAUUGUUUUAAAGAGCUUUUAUCAUACAAAACAAGAAUACUGAUAUAAAUCUCUGUAACUGUAACUAUGUAAUAUUUUGAAUGUUGCUUAACUUUCCAAACAGGACUCUUGUGAGUAAAUCAGUUGUUUGAUUAGUAUCCAUUUUUAUUUAUAAGUUUCAUAAAUAUUUUUUUGUCCAGAAAUUUUUUAAAAAUAUUUUAUUUAUCUUGCCCUAUUUUAGGAUUUUUUUUUUUUUUUUUUUUUUUUUU